AUGUAAGCGUCUCUGCAUCACCAUCUUCGCAAAGCAAAGGGAAUAUAUCCUUACUGGGAAAUAGGAGGCUUUUUUUUGACACUCAUGCGCUGGGUUCACUACUCAGCAGUCAGAGGUCAUUGUAUCUGCAUUAGUGAAAAUCAUGAACACCAACCUGGAUAUGAUUUACAAGGACAUGGUCACCAAAGUACAGCAGGAAAUUGCACUUCAGCAAGUAAUGUCCCAUAUUGGUGGUGUGAAAAAGGAUAUGAUUAUUUUGGAAAAAAGUGAAUUUUCAGCACUUCGUUCAGAAAAUGAGAAAAUAAAACUUGAACUCCAGCAGAUAAAGAAGCAAGUCAUGGAUGAAAUUACCAAAGUUCGAGCAGAUAACAAGUUAAACCUAAACCUAGAGAAGAGCAGAGUAAAAGAACUGUAUUCGCUUAAUGAAAGAAAACUACUUGAAAUGAGGACAGAAAUAGUGGAAUUGCAUGCACAGCAAGAUCGGGCUCUGACCCAAACAGACAGAAAAAUAGAUACAGAAGUUGCAGAUCUGAAAACAAUGCUCGAAUCACACAAACUUGAUAAUAUUAAGUACCUAGCAGGUUCAGUAUUUACAUGCCUUACUGUAGCACUGGGAUUUUACCGCUUAUGGAUAUAACAAGACAUGAAUUUAAAGGGACUUCUACUGUCUUGGUUUCUGAAAGAAAAGACGAUUUUAAUCUUUGCCUGGAUUUUAACCAAGUCUUGACUGUUUUAUUUAUUAUUUUAUAAAACAGACUGUACUGAGAAUGUAACCAAAGAUGUGCCUAGAAACAAACUGUACACAUAUCAUGUAUGUGUUGAAUAUUACCUCUGACAGCAGCACUUCUGCCAUUUCCCUCUGUUCUGAGCUGUAGUGCACCUUGCCACUGCCAAGUGUCAUACAGAAGCAAAGACUGGCACUCGUGCCAAUCGGAUGGGCCUGAAGAACCAGUAGAAUUAUGUUCCAUUGCCUCUUUGGACAAGCUUGCCAGAGUCGGUUGCAUGUGUCGGACUGAAGUGUUGGUUGUUAAUGUAAAACUGAAACUACAUGUUUUGUGGCUUGGAGGCACUGUUGUAUAACUAGAGUUUGUGCUAACUGAAUCAUGCUCACUUCCCUCCUGCUAACACUUGUUCAUACAGUUACUAUGAUCAAAUAUUUGUUUUGCUAUUUUUAUAACAUAGCUAUCAGCUUGUUUUCCAGAUGGCUGCCCAAUCACUCGUGUUUCAUUAACGAGUACCGUGUAAUGAUAGCAGAGUUUGCUGCUGGUUUUGUUUGUAAGAUAUUUGUAGAGAUUUUUGUGACUAACUUGCCUUUGGUACAUGUAAGUAUCAGAUACUCAUUCCAUAUGCUCAUUGCUAACCUUACCACUAUAACUGGAAGUUUGAAAUGCAGUAAAAUACGCUAGUUGUGUUAAUUUGUGUUUAAGUGAUACAAAGUGUCUCUGGUGCUGCCUUCUUGGGGGAAAGGAAAUUGAUGUUUCUAGAAAGGAAAGAGAUUUUAAAUAGUUAUGAAGCAGGGUCUUUGCAAGAAAACUGCAGUACCAACAGACUUCUGGGGGUUUUAUGGCUUUAUUUUUUAAAAAAAUCAUGUUGAUUGUUCAAAUGUGGAACCUUGAUAGUGAUUAUAAUAAUGAAAGCAGUAAUGGACCCCUGUAAGAUGUUUAAUCCAGUUCUGAACAAGCCCACCUGAACCAGUAAGAGCGACUGGAAGCAAUGAAGAAAGGUGUCCAGUGUAUCCAGAUAUCUAUCAUUCUUCCACUGACGAAGUGACUGCUUUAGUAGCAGAGCUGCCAUCUGUGUUCCUUCAGUUAAGGGAAAUUUCCCUUUCCUGCUUGCUUUUAGGAGGGGAAAUCAGUUUAUGCACUGAUGAUAAAUGCUGUUAGAGCACAAUCACAGCUUUGCUUAAUGAAAGUAAAGCUUUUUGGCUACUUUGUGCCUAUACUGUAAUGAUCAUUUAACUUUUUUUGUGGUUGGGAGUGCUAGACUUUGAUCAUGUACAAGCAUGGAGGAAAAGAUGGAUGCCUGUAAAAAUACUGACCUGAAAUAAAGAAUUUUGAAUAUUUCAUAAAA